UUGUUUAAUAUCGUUAUCAUAGCUUUCAAUUGUGAUUGUUAUUUUCCGGUUUUAUACACUUCUGAUGAAAUACUAGAGUUCCAUUACAACAUUCUUACUCUCAAAGCAUGGAAUUGUCUUCGAUUGAGUCGGAAAGCCUCUCCAGACAAGAAUUAACUCAAAAAGGAGGCCUUAGAACUAUGCCUUUCAUCAUAGCCAAUGAGUCAUUUGAAAGGGUCGCUAGUGUUGGAUUACGUGCAAAUAUGAUCAUCUACCUUAAAAACGAGUACCAUUUCAGCACUGCAACAGGAGCAAAUAUCAUGUUCUUAUGGGGAGCAAUCUCGGGAUUCCUGCCAACAUUUGGAGCUUUUAUUUCAGAUUCACAUCUAGGACGUUUUCGGGUGAUUGGAGUUGGAUCAAUUCUUUCUCUAAUUGGAAUGACUAUGCUGUGGUUAACCGCAGUUUUCCCAACAGCAAGGCCGUUUACUUGUAGGCCAAACGUCGAGAUAUGUGCCAAACCACAUGAAGCACAGAUGGCGCUCUUAUUUAUUUCUUUUGUCAUAAUGUCUAUUGGAACAGGCGGGAUUAGGCCAUGUUCUUUAGCCUUUGGUGCAGACCAGUUUGAUCGACCUGGAAAUCCAGAAAACGCUAAAAUCUUACAGCGUUUCUUCAACUGGUACUACGCUUCUGUCGGGAUUUCCGUAAUGUUAUCUGUGACGGUGAUAGUUUAUAUUCAAACAGCGAAAGGCUGGAUUGUUGGAUUUGGAAUUCCUGCUGGAUUAAUGUUGUUCUCUACAGUCAUGUUUUUCAUGGGCUCCUCUCUUUAUAUCAAAGUGAGGGUAAAUAAAAGCUUGUUCGCCGGAUUUUUUCAGGUUAUCUCGGCAUCUUUCAAGAACAAACAUCUUGCUUUCCCACCCAAGAAUUCCAAUAAAUGGUUCUAUCAGAAAAGGGGUUCCAAGAUUCUUGUACCAACAAACAAAAUAAGAUUCUUGAACAAAGCCUGCAUAGUGACAAAUCACGAGAAGGAUGUAGCUUCUACAGGAGAGGCUGUAGAUCCAUGGAGAUUAUGCACAGUCAAGCAAGUAGAAGAAUUCAAAGUACUGAUUAAAGUACUCCCUAUAUGGUCUACAGGUAUACUGAUCGCAGUGACCGUAAAUCAACACUCCUUCCCCGUGCUCCAAGCCAACUCCAUGGACCGCCACUUGAUUGGGAACUUCAAGAUCCCACCUGGUUCCUUUGACGUUUUUGCAUUACUAGCUUUGACCAUAUGGGGGGCCCUUUACGAACAAAUCCUAGUCCGCCAAAUCUCAAAAUUCACAAAGCUACCACAAGGUCUUAGCUUGAAGCAAAGAAUGGGAAUAGGACUAUUCCUUUCAUGUCUAGGCAUGAUAGUUUCAGCAAUUGUGGAAAGGAAUAGGCGCAAUGCAGCCAUCAGCCAAGGACUUUCAAAGAACCCCUAUGGGGUAGUAAACAUGACUGCAUUUUGGCUAGUACCGCAAUAUAGCUUGCUUGGGUUAGCCGAGGCAUUCAAUGCAAUAGGGCAAAUAGAGUUCUAUUACUCUCAGUUUCCUAAAAGCAUGGCUAGCAUUGGAGUAGCUCUAUUUGCACUUGGAUCUGCUAUUGGAAACUUGAUUGGGAGUCUAAUUGUAGGUGUUGUGAACAAGUACUCUAAAAAAGGGGAACGAGUGAGUUGGGUCGCAAACAACUUAAACGAAGGUCACUAUGACUAUUAUUACUGGAUUCUUGCUAUUCUGAGUCUGGUAAAUUUCUUUUACUUCUUAGUUUGUAGUUGGGCUUAUGGUCCUUUGGAUGAACAAAAACAUUUAAAUGAUGUAGAAGAGAAUGAAGAAAAUGAGGUUCAUGACGAGCAAAUUGUGUCAUAAGAACUAAAUAUAUUUAUUAUCGCGUUAGAACAUACCUUUCAA